UUUACAUCAGAACGCAUUGUUGCCUAGUGCAAUGCAGAUGCAAACAAAUCUCCCGAAGGUUUUCUCCUCCCACUUCUCUCAAAACGCAUCCAGUGAUUCAAAACAUGUGUGGCAGAAUCAAUAAAGUCUCCGACUAAAUGAGGCUUUUUGCCCCGUGGGGCCCGGGAGGCGGGUGGUGUCGGCAGGGAGCGUGAAGAGACACAGAAAGAGAAGGUUGAGAGAAGAGUUCAUUCAGUUGCCGGCAAUCCGCGACCAGACGACUCGUCUCCGUUCCCCAGCGAGAGCAGAAAGAACAGUCCAGUCAUGGGAUCAGAAAUGGAGCUGAGCUUCACCGAGGACCUACAACUGACGGAGGUGAUGCGUCUGCGCGUGCAGUCGCUCCAGCAGAAGGGUCAGAAGAGGCAGGACGGCGAGAGGUUGCUCCUGCCGCAUGAGGCUGUCUACCGUCUGGAUUUCACUGAGCAGGAGUUGACCUUCGCCCACUGGAACGUGACCCUGCAAGGAACCGGACGGUUUACCGUCACGGGCAUCUCUCAGCUCUGGACACCCGACCUCACCCACCUGAUGACCAGACAGCUGCUGGAGCCCAUCGGCCAGUUCUGGAGGAACGCCGGAGACCCGGAGGAUUCGCCUUUCAAAUGCUUGGAGGCGGACAUCCAAGAGUUCGGAGAGAGGAUAGCGGAGCUGGCAAAAGUGCGGAAGGUGAUGUACUUCCUGUUCGCUUACAAGGAGGGAGCUGAGAAAGACAAGAUCACCUGCACUUUGGUCUUCAACAAAAGCGAGUGACGCUCGAUCAACUGGCACCCCGGCGCUCCUAAAACGGUCUCUUUAAAAACGACUUAGAUUCUCCCUGUAAUGGUCAGUCACGAUCCUCCUUUUAAGAUCUUCCUUCAUUUCACUACUGUGUGCGUUUGUGUUUAAAUGAAAGUGUGAGUAGUCUAUGAUGAGUUCCAAACUUUUUCAACAUUGUCAUUAUGAUACUAUAAGAUGGAAUGUUAUUCAUGCAAAUCUACAAAUACACUUACAGUCGAAUAAAAACGUUAUCAAGCGUUCCAUUUAUGUCAUUGUGUGUUUUGUAUCGAGUGGACACGACGAAUGCAUCGGACUGGAAGGUCAACGGAGACAAAUCCAACCGCUGCACCACAUGACUCGAUCAAUGUCAACGCCUGUCAAACUCCCUGCCUGUUUUUCACCAAUAAACUUUGACAGAACCUGAUGCAUGCAUUCUGGGAUUGCACUUUAAAGCAUUAGUCUCUGGGUAUGAGGUUUGACCAUAUGAGGCACCAAACAAUUUGGCGAACUCAGGAACACCCCACGAUACCGUAAGAUUCUACGUAUGACACCUCCGUUUGUUUGGGAAGGGAGCGUUAGUGUGUGUAUGCGUGCGUGCUGGGGGUCUUCUGAGGGAUGGCAGGAAGAGAAGACACUAAUUAGUCCUCAUGAGGAACAACAUGUCUAGUGGAGAGAGACAAGGUACAUACACAGGAGAGCAGCGAUGCAUGCGUCACGUACUCAGACAAAACGCGGCACAGAAC